UACACUCUCUUCAUACGUUUCUGUUUCUCUUUUUCAACCUUAUUGCACGAAAAUACAUGGUUGCAAUAGUUCCCAUUGUUACAUAUUAUAGUUGCGAAUAUUUUUAUUUUCGUGCACUGAAUACAAAAUAGUGAAUUGUGAACGCGACGAUAUUUUUUAAUAAUGUAAUAUGUAACGUAAUAAUACGGAAAAUUCGAAAAUGAAAGUGUUCUGUUAUACUGUGAUAUCUUUUAUAGGCUCAAUCUUUUUGGUACAAGGAACUAUUAUUAUCGUCGAAGAUGCAAAAGCAUGCUUCAGAAGAGUUUUGGCUGGCAAACGAAUUACUAGAGGUUUUGUUAGAAGAGCCUUGAACUGCGAAACAGUCGAGGAAUGCCAAAAAGAGUGUGGCGAUGAAAAAUUAUUCACAUGUGAAGGUUUCAAUUACAGAUUAGAUCCAUCCGGUCGAGGAAAAGGAGAUUGUGAACUAUUGAGUGUCCCUUUAUCCAGAAUAGAUGUGUAUAGAGAUAGCUAUGAGGAUCCAGAUUAUGAUUACUAUGAAAGAGAUCGUAAUGCCGCUUCGGUAAAUUGUAGAAAACGGCCACCGUAUAGACCAUACCAAGGCGGUGGUAAUUACCAUGGCCACGGUUAUGGAGAGAGAGAUCAAUAUUUCCAUGAUUCAAGAAAUAGUUGGUCGGAUAGAAGACAUGAUUAUGAAGAGCGUAGACCGACAGUUACAUAUCACGGUACAUUGGAUUAUAGACAAAGUGAUCAUUGGAGAGAUGACGAAUACCGCAGAAAACCGGAAAUAGACCGAAGGUACGAUUAUGGACAUAACGAAAAUAAUAGGAGAAGAGGAGAUAACAGUUAUCAUGAUCGAGAACGACCUCAUGAUUUUGAUCGAAAACCAAUUGAAAAAUACCCACAACAUGGUUACGAAUACCAUAAACCAUGGGUUAAUGACAAUCAACGUUAUGGGGAAACGUAUUACUCUCAAUCUAAAAACUAUUAUUUACCACCAAGUAACGACGCUCCUUCGAAUUCAGUAGAUUGGGGACUUUAUCACAAAUUUAAAAAUAAUUACAGUCAAUGGAGUGAAGAUAAAUAUGGAGAAAAAUACGCUCCGAAAGGAGGGUACUUGCCUCCUGAUUUCCAUUUAGAACCACCUCGUGUUGGGAGUUAUUUGCCUGAUAGAAAACCUUAUGAUGGAGGAAAUGGUGCUCCAAUUACACCUAGUGCUUUGUUACCUGUGGAACAUCGGAGACCUACUCACAACUAUAUUCAAGAUGAUUGUUCGUUACGAAGCGUCACUGGGUUCAAAUUGAACAAAAGAGUGGUAAAAAAAUAUUUCGCAGUACCAAAUAUUUACGAAUGCGAAUUAUUGUGUUUCAAAGAGAACCAAUUUGUAUGUUCCUCUUAUGCAUAUAGAUAUACUAUAGUAUCAGAACCGACAGAUAAUUGUUAUUUAAGUAAUCUCGAUUAUAAGGAAUUGGAUCACUACACCGAUUUAGAACCAGAUAGAGAUUUUGAUGUUUAUACGAUGAAUAAUAGAUAUAGAUGUGAAAAACCAAUCAUUGGAAGAAAAGAAAACAGCGAUUGCUUCUGGAGGGUUAGAAGCGGGGAACGUCUAAACAAUAAAAUCGUUAGAGAUUCUUUAAUAGCAAAAUCUAUCGUGGAAUGUCAACUCGAAUGUUUGACAUCAAAAAAAUUCACUUGCCGCGCUUUUAGUUACAGAUAUGGAUCGCCAGUAAUUGGAGGAUCGAUUGAUAAUUGUCAAUUAACAGAUUGGCCUUAUUAUGAAUUGGAUCCACUGAAUCAUUUCACAUCAGAACCUGGAUUCGAAAUUUAUGAACGAGGUAGUUUCGGUCACGGCUGCGAAACAGGACAUUUUGGUAUUAAAGGACACGUCGAUACUAAUAAAAAACAAAUCAAAACUAAUCAAUUGUGUUACAUCGGAUUUGGUACACCAGCUCGUCUACUACCACAAGCUGUCAAAAAAUCAUUACGUGUUUUCUCAGAUUCUGAAUGCAAAGAAGAAUGUUCGAAAGCCAGAUCAGAAACGCUUUUUCAAUGCAUGUCGUUCAGUUUUUGGUCGAAGGGUCCACGAAAUGUUCCUAACUGCUACCUAUCCGACAUUUAUCAGAGAGAUUUGGUACCAAAGUUGGAUUACGUUUACGAUCCUAAUUCUCUAUUAUUCGCCUGGGAUAAUUACAAUCCUGAUUGUCUUCCAGUAGGAACCGAUCCUCUACAUACCAAUCGAAUAUCAACUGGACCACCGUAUCAAGAUUAUUUUCCGCACGCGUUGGAUACAUGGAGCGUAUACAGCGUGAACGGCUGGCCUUGUAGAAGAGGCGCGCGUUGUAAAGAAAAUUCCAAAGCUGGUUUUUGGUUUUGUGAAAUCGAAGGUGGUGAAAGUGGAGCGUGGGAUUAUUGUUGCAGACCAGAUCAUCAAUGCGGAGCUUCGAAUGGUUACCCGUAUCUUUGGUGUUACGUUGGACCAGAAAGAACCCAAUGGCGAAAAUGCAACGAUAGAUAUUAUCCUUAUAUACAUGACAGGUUAGAUGAUGACAAAUACUUGCCGCCCAUCGAACAUCCAAAGCCUUGGAGACCGGCUCUUUUUAGACCGGAUAGACUACCUGGACAAGCACCUCCGCCUCAAUCACAUCCUAGCCUUGAUCAGUAUGAAAUGAUAUUUGAUGAGGAAUUUUUGGACCCUCCCAAACCAGGAGGUUUCGGCCAACCAAGACACUGGCCUGUAUCGUAUCUUCACAAAGAAAUGCCUCCGAAUGAUACAGACUCGAGUAUCCAAUCGGAAGAUUCGAAGUACGCAGCGAUUCAAAGUUUGAUCGACGUAAUAAAAAAUAAUGAUUUAAAAAAUCUCGAGUAUCACAUUACAACUGAACCCAAUAAAAAAGACGACGUUCUUUUCGUAAAAAUCCCUCUACCUUCGAACUUUACAGUAGAAAAUCAAAACACUUGGAAUAAUCAAAGCUUAGAACCUACCGAUGAAGGUGGACGCGAUAUCAAUUCGAGAAGAUUUCAAAAAUCUCUACCAUCAUUUGAUAUUGAAGAUGACAAUGAACUUAAUACUAAAUUAUUUCAAAGAUUAUCGUUGACGGAACGGAAAACUACAACAAAACAGUCACUAACAACUCAAAGAGCUCCAGAAGAAUUCAGAAAACCAAAUCCAAUUUAUAGAAGAGGAUUCGUAAUUAGGACAAAUGUCACUACACGCGGAGUACACGCCUGAUUGUUUAUCCAAGAAUAAAAUAUUCAUUUUGGUUGGCGCGCGGCUGUGUACUCGUAGAAAUACUUUUUUUUAAUUGAAAUAUAUGAAUCAUUGCCUAAUUAUUACUUUCAUUUCAGGGAUAAUACAAUUAUUGAUCGAUCUCAAACAAAAUUUUAAUCUAAUGUACAUAAUAAAUAUUGUUAUCACUCAAUAUUUAAUAAAACUUUGUAAAACACUCGA